AUGGUCGUGUUCGAGCAAGAAGAACAAGAAGAAGAAGAAGGACGGGGAGGAGGGAAGGAGUUGCAUGGAAAAAAUAAGAGCGUCGGGCUGGUCGUCGUGUCCUUCUGCGAAGAUUCGACUGCUCGCAGCCAGGCGAAAAACGGGAGCCGUUGCCGCCUCGUGGACCACUUGUCGCACGAUCGCACGACCGUAUCCAAAGCGGAACAACGCGACGACGACCAUCACUCCGUGGGGAGCGCACGCAAAAUGCGCGGGCAUGAGAUAAACACGAGCCAGCGCAUUGGCAGCGUGCGAUCUUUGGUUCAUGCGACGCAUGUCAAAGAAGAUCUGCACGUAUCUUCUCCGGUCCUGCGAAAAACCUCGCUUCUGGAAACGGGGUAG